AUGAAUGAUGACAGCAAUUGUGCUGCCACUGCGCUUGCUGAUCCUCUUUUGCAACCUCGUGCAAGCAAAGACGCGACACCAGCUAAAAAUCAGAAAAAAGAGGACUACACACGCAAUGCUGCCAUCGUGCUGCUGCCGCACGCAAUGCUGAAGCAAUUGUCAUCUCUAGACAUUUUCAGUGGCGCUCAGAAUGCUGUGGCGGGGGCAUAUGCAGCACUCUCAUUAUCCAGCGGGUUUUUCGAAGGGUUUGGGGGUAUAAAAAGUUUUGGAGGGUGGGAUGUGGGUAUUGCAACGGCCACAGGAAUAAGUGCAGGGGCGCUGGCGGCUUGGGCGCUCGCGCAUUCCAGGGGGCCGUCGGAGGUGCACGAGUCAGCCCCCCAGGGCGAGCUCAUUUCAGCAGCGGACAAUGAGUUUAACCGGUUUGUGCUCACGCGGAGCCCUCUCAUCGGCGGACUUAGAAAAGAAACUCUUGCAGAAGCAUCAGCAACGAGGGCAGCGAAAGUGGCUCCCCGCAGUGGCGGAGGACUAGAGAAGGAUGUCAAGUAUCGGCGCCACUGCGUGCGGCUGCCGGAUGGAGGCCACCUGGCGCUCGAUUGGCCCGCCCACCUGGCGAUUGACGAAAGAGACGGGCGGGAGUCGUUGGUGUUGAUUGUGCCGGGGUCGGUGGCGGGGAGUUUCGACGAGGGGGUGAAAACGUUAGUCCGAAAGGCAGCGGAUUCGGGCCAUUUUCCGGUGGUGGUCAAUCAGAGAGGGUUUGCACAGAGCCCCGUCACCACUCCAAAAUUAUUUGAUGCGGGCGCCACAGGGGACUUGGCACACGCGUUGGCGUUCCUCCAGGAGCAGCGGCCCUGGGCCACUUUUACAGCGGUGGCAAUAGGCUCCGGGGCCAAUCUGCUGGUCAAGUACGUUGAGGAGAGGGCCUCAGAGGCCCUGCCCAUCGCCGCGGCGGUGGCGGUGGGCUGCCCGUUUGACUUGGCUGCGUCGACCGAGAAUCUGACAAGGCCUGGGAACGAGGAGCGCGGAGAGGCACUCGCAAAGGAGAGGACAGAACUGCUGCGGCAGCAUCUGCCGUUGUUCGAAGGCCACUUCAACGACGUCGAACCCGCCAUGGCUGCGACCUCUGUUGCGGAGUUCGACGACCGUUUUACCUCACCAGCAAACGGGUUCGCUUCACGGGAGGCGUACUAUGGGUCGGCUAGCUGCGGGGGCCAUGUCCCGAGUGUGAAUACGCCCUUGCUCUUUAUCCAGAGUGCAACCGACGUGGAGGCUCCAGCAGCAGCGAUCCCCCGUGCGGCCAUCCACAGCAACCCUUGCACCACUCUCCUGCUGACACGUGGCGCGCAUGACGUCAGCCGGACGCUGGGCGGCUGGACUGCUGACGUGGCACUUGAGUGGCUGGACGCCGUCGAGCUUGCACUGCUGAAGGGGAAGGAUCCACGCAUUUCUGAAAACGCAGAUAGAAGUGAGAAAGGGGUACCUACUUUGGGCGCAGGCACUGCAAUGCAAGAGAGCGAAGCAAACUUGGUUUCGGACAACGGGCAGGGGGAUGGGGCAGGGUCUCCGUCUCAGCAAGUCGUUGCUGACGUAGGACAAGCGUCGGGCGCUGAAGCACAAGUCGUCGCUGACGUCGGACAAGUUUCGGGCGCCGAAGCACAAGGUGUUGCUGACGUAGGGCAAGCUUCGGACGCCAAAGCGAACGAUUCGGCACCAGAACACCCGGACGGAAAAGAAGAGGCAGAGCACCUUUCGUCCAAGUCGGAGGAGGUGCCUAGGGCGUCGGACAAGGGUUUAGAAGUUUCGGACGGCAGGAAGGACGAUUCGGACGCUGUUUCUGAGUCCAAGAACCGGCCAGCGGAAGUGAGCGCGAAAGGAAGGUCGGAGGCUUCCGAGGAUCCGGACGGGGCAGAAAACGGUUCGGAGGUUGCGUCCGCGUCCGGGAAAGCGUCCGAGGAUGUGGACGGGACUUCGGGGGUUCCGAACGGGACGGGAAAUGUCACGGCUGCGGGCGUGGAAGAACUAGAGGCGAGAAAGGAUCAGGUUGGAGUAGAUCCGAAGACGUCGGUAGAGUUGGAGAGGGCGGAGGAAAAGGGGCGGGAAAGGGCAGAAGCGAAUCUGGCGAAAAAGGAGAAAGGGGCCGAUGAGCGGUCAGCAGAUGCGAAAGAGAAAGGGAAGGCAGUAGGGAAGGCUGCAGCGGCAGUCGAAGGAAAGAGAGAGCCCAUUGAGUCAGGAACAGUAGACGCGGACGAAGAAGUUUUUCUAGAGAACGGCGAAGCGAUUUUGGAACGAAGGAAGGAGGAAGGUGGGAAGACGGGGAGGUCGGAAGCGAGCGGAGUAGAAAGCGGUCGUCGGCCGGAGGGCGAACCCCGGGCGGGGUCUGAUUCUAGUCGGAACGGAGAGCGGAUUGCACGAACGGCAGACGGGGACGCUGAAUCCGGUGACGGAAGAAGUGAUGUUGAAAAUAAGAACGGAAAGGGGGAGUUAAAAGCGAAGGCGGCGCAAAAGACAGAUGGUUCGCAAGAUCCGAAAGCGUCGGAAAGUAGCACAAGUGGCGAGGGAAAGGCGAAAGCUGACGGCAGCAAGAAGGAAGGGGGCGCAUCUGGCGCCGCUCUGGGACCGGAUUCCGGAGCCGCCGAGAAGGGGCCGGAAUCCGACGAGGCGCCCCCCCCGCCUCCCGUGGACGAGAAGGGCAUCGCGACCGCGACCGCUGAGAGCUUUUUGAACGUUGCUGACGUGGCACUUCCGGGAACGCUCUCCGAGGAGAAGAAGAAGCAAGUCGUGGCGGCGGUGAACAACGGAGAGUCACUAGCGUCCGCACUGGAUUUGGCGGUGCCUCCGGACGUCCGCAUGAAAGUCACAGGCGCGGUGCAGACGUUUAUGGAGACGAGUAAGGGCCAGGCCGGGGUGCUGACGAAACAGAUUGACAUGGACCGCGUGUCGGGGCUGUUUUCGUCGCAGGGGGGUAAUCUUGUGAGCAAGAUUGCGGGGGGGUUUAAGGGAAACCUAGCCCCCCCGAAAGCACCGAAUCCGCCCGCGGCACCGCCGAAGGCCCCCCCGGCAGGGGGAGAAAAGAGCGGAGAGUCAAAACCGCCCCCACCAAAAAGUGACGGGGGAUCUAGCUCCAAAGCCGAGAGCGCCCCCCCCUCAAACUCUGGUUCAAACAGCCCCCCAAAGGAAGCCCCCGCCGCGCCUAAGUCGGAGUCCCCAAGCGGAAGGGAAAGCAGAGCGGCGCCAAGUGGGGGGGAAAGCAAAGCGCCCACAAGUGGGGGCGAGAGCUCGCCCCCCAGUACCACCCCACAGAACGAACCGCCCAAGUCGGAAGCCCCUCGGACCGAUAGUAAACCGCCCCAAGCUGCCUCUUCCGAGCCAGCGAAAGCUGACGCAAAGGGGGGGGACGCUUCGCCCCCUCCGGGAACAUCAAAAGCUGAAACUCCGCCCCCCUCGCAAAACGAUACUUCGCCGAAAAGCGAAGCGGCCCCUAAAGGUGGAGACGCCACACCCCCUCCGGAAGCAUCCAAAUCCGACUCAGGAAGCAGCACGCCCACCCCGCCAAAUGAGAUUCCGAAGGGGGAGACUGCCCCCCCUCAGCCGAAAGCAGCGGAGCCUGCCAAGGACACCCCCGCGCCCCCCCCACAAAGUACAGAGUCUGCGCCCCCCACAAAGGGUGAUGCGGCUCAGAAGCAAGGUGGGGGGGGUCCGGAGAAUGCACCACCGCCAGGGGAUACAGCGGCGGCCCCGCCUCCAUCUGACGCUCCAAAAGACGCACCGCCUGCCCCGGCUACAAACGACGGCGCUCCCCCCCCCCCAACGCCCGCGGAGUCCGCCUCUCAGGCGGCAGCGGCCGUCACGCCAGCUCUGAAUGCGGAAGCGCCGCCUGCGCCGGGGGCCCCCCCGGCGGGACCCCCUUCCGCCGCGCCACCCGCGGUUCCGCUGCCUCCUGCGUCCUUGCCAAGUGUCGGUUCCGCUCUGACUACCUUAGACCAGGGGUUUGACGACGGAACGCAGCGCGCUGUACAUAACGUUUUCGGCGUUCUCGAGGGAGUGUUCGACACGCUUGAAGCCGCGUCCAGUUCGAAAGAAGCGGAAGCAAAGCCCGAGACGGAAUCGGAAAACGGAGUCGCUUCGAAGACCGGAGCGGAAAGUGUGACCGGAAAGGGUCCGGCUGCGGAGAACGGAGCGCAAGGAAGCGGGGGAGAAGGGAACGGAUUGGUUGACAAGGGUGCGGAGUCCGCGGCGAAAAGUUCUGCCGGAGCUGGGUUGAGCGGAACGCCGGGGCACGAACGGAACGGAACGGGAGUGGAGACGGCGACUGUGACUGCCACGCAGGUGCGGACUGAUCGGGGAGGGGCGCCGCCUUCUGUAGAGAAUGAGGUUAGUGCUCAGGCGACGAAAGCCGUGUCACAACCCGAGAACGAGGUUCCGUCCGCCAACGGAAGGGCGUCCGGAAACGGGGCGGCCUCCUCCAACGGAAGGGCGCCGGAAAACGGGCGGAUGGGAGUGACGGUCAGUAGCACAAGUCGGACGGUUUCGGACGCUCAAAACGGACGAUCGGACGGUUCGGAAGCGCGGGGGUCGGUCAACGGGCGGGCGUCUCAAGGGGGUGAGGGGUCGGUACAAACCACCGAGCAGGUGCAAAGGGCUGUCGUCAUAGAAAGGGAUGAGUCGGGGGAGCCUACCGGGCGUCGGGCGGCAGUCGCAACUCACCAAGAAACGACGGUUUCGGACGUUCCGGCGGAAAGUUCUUCGGAAGGUGCUUCUGGCGAGAAGGAGAGGAUAGAGGAGACUCGUCAGAGGCUGCAGAAGGGCUAUGAGACGGGGAAGCACUCGUCAGCUGACGGAGCGACCGAUUCAUUAGAGAACGGCAAAGUGCAAGAUCCAAAUGCGCAUCCGACUGCUUUUGACAACAAGAGCUCUCAACACGCGCCUACAGAGUCACCUAGCGAAGGGUCCGGUUCCAAAGACGAAAGCAACUCAAAAGGGGGGGUCCUCCAAGCCGUGGUGAGCGCCCCCCCAAUUGCAGCAGUGACAGGCGCUGUCGCCAGCGUGGGAUCAACAGCGGCCGCAGUCGCCAACGGUUUGCCCGAGCAUCGGAAGCUAGAAAUUGCUGACGUCGUCCUGACGUCACUCAAACUCGAGAUCGGGCGGCGCGUCGGGCAGUCGGGCUUCGACGCGUUGACACGUGUCAACUGGGAGGCGGAGGCGGGGCGCGUCGCGCAAGCGGUUGCGGAGGCCGUCGGGGGGGGGGGCGCGAUGGAGGGCUUGGCGGAACCCCCCGGGCCGAACGGGCGCGGGGAGGGAUCCCCCGGCACAGCGGCAACCGGGCAAGUGGCUCCGGGGAUGCAGAUGCCCGGGGGACUGGACGUGGGGGCGAUCAUGAAAGCGAUUGGGUCAGUAGUUGGAACCGGGGGAUUGUUUGGCGGGCUAUUGCCUAUGGGGGUAUUAGUUGGGAUUGUCGUGGCGGCGAUUGGAACGGUGUACCACGUGGUGCAGGACAAGAAGAAGGAAGCGGAAGAAAAGCAGAAGGCGGAAGAUGCAGCAAAGCUCGAAGCUGCAGACCAUAUGGAGCUGCUGCCGCUCGAGACGGAGGAUGACAUUGCGAUGGGACUGGGCACCAAGUGGGACGAGGAGCCGGAAGGAGAGACUGGGGUGGCGGAGAUCGAGCCGGAACUGGCCCAAGAAAGCACUCCCGCACCCCCCCGCAAGGGCCUCAGCUCCGAGCAAACCGCGACCAUAAUCGGCGCGGGGGGGGUCGUCGCGGCCACGGCCGCGGCCGUCGCUUCUCAAGCAACGGGGAUCACCGCCGCAGACUUGCCCCGGGCUAUAAACCCGACCCCCCCGGAAGGGCAGAAUCCGCCGCAGGGGGGGGGCGGACUUUCGGACACUGUGGGUCACUUAGCGACUCAGGCGGUCGCUGUGGUUGGUGAUGCUUUUGGCGGACGCGGGGGGGCGGGGGGGGUGUUUCGGGUCGCGGGGAAGCUGGCGCUGUUCUGGGGGGGAGUGCGCGGGGCGACGAGGGUUACGGAGCGGCUGCUCGGAUUCCUGAAGAUCGAUAACAAGAACCUGGCGAAGCGGAUUUUUGCCUUCGCCGCGAUGUCCGUCAUUCUGUGGACGCCAGUCCUGGUGCCCCUGCUCCCGACCAUUCUGCAGCACCGGGCGACCGGGGGAAAGGGCGGAGUCGCGGAGGCGGCCGCGGCCGCGGGCCUGUAUCUGGCGGUCCUUAUGCUGAUCCACAUCUGGGGCCGCGUUGUCCGCGGCUUCAAGCGCCCCUUCACCAGCUACGGCCUCCGCAUGUUUAACCGCAAGAGUGCGGGCCAGCUCAUCACCGGCCAGCUCGCGGGCGCCUUUUUGGUCGCCGCGUUUUACGGGUUGCAGCUAAGGCUGGGGCACGUGACGUGGCUCGGGGGGGCGACCCAGAAACCGGCGGCGAACGUCGCGGCCGGCGUUUUGCGCGAGUUCGGGAAGGUGCAUUUAGUGCUGCACGCGUGGAUGGUCGGGGUGACGGUGUCACUCGUGGAGGAGCUCAUCUUCAGGUCCUGGAUCCACGAAGAAGCCGCCGUCGACGUCGGCCCCCACGGCGCUGCGCUCCUCUCAGCCACGCUCUUCGCGCUCGCGCACUGGUCGCGCGCGGCCGCUCCGGGGCUCUUCCUCCUCGGCCUGGUUCUUAUCGGAGCGCGCGCGCGCGCGCAGGGAAACCUCGCGCUCCCGAUGGGCCUGCACUCCGGGUUAAUCGCCGCGAAUUACGUGGUGCAAGUCGGGCAGUUGACCGCGGUAAAUCCACGUGUCUCGACCUGGUUGACCGGCGGGGGAAACCCGCUGCUCUCGGCGCUGGGGGUUGCGAUGACGGGCGUUUUAGCGGUCGGGCUGUACCCCUGGGGAAAAGGAUUCAUGAAGCCGAAAGACAUAGAAGAGGUGGCGGAAAAAGAAGAGGGAAUCACGGAUGAAGAGGCUAAGAGGCAGAUUGACGAGCACGGGGAAGAGCAGGAGAGCGAUCUGAAAGCGAGGAUCGACGAGUUGGGGGGGCAGGAAGAGCGGCAAAUCGAAGGGGGGGGGACGGAGGAGAAGGUAAACGUUGCGGAUUCAGGCGUAAGGCAAGCAGAAAAUGGUUCGGGGGGUCAGGGAACGGGGCAUUUGGAGGGGGAGCCGGCGGAGCAGCCCCGCCCGGUUGAAACUGGCGCAGCGGCUCACCAGGUCAACCCGACGGCGGCAAAUGCGGCGGCAAAUAGUGCCGGGGACGGAGAAGCUGGGCAGUCGCAAAGACAAAUGAACGGUCAGGGCGAAAACGGAGCGGCGCUGUAGCAAGGCACGCAUGAGGGACAAGGGUCGGCGAAGGUAGAGAGCCGGAGCACGGGAGAGCAGUAAAAGUGCGCGAGCGGAUUGGAAGGAGCGGACGGUUCGUGUCGCCAGGAUGAGUUCUGGCAGAAACGGGUGCACUGGCAAAGGAAGGGGAAGAGCAGGGGGGCCGUCAACCGACGAAAGACCAUCCCGAAUGGUUAUAAGAAACGUGAUGAACGUUGAUGAUACGUCAUAAGACGGAUGAACUGCGGGCCAGUACGGAAGGCUCGACUCAAGCGAGAGGAUUAGAAGCUAAGCGGGCAUUGGAGAGGUGAUGAAGAGGUGGUUCUCCUAGACAAAACGAUCUCCACCACAUGGCGUUGGGUAGACUGUAGACGGGGUUUGGAUAAAUUAAGGCUACUGGUGAAGAUCCGGCCGUCGAGGUAGUAUGAUAGUGUUCGACCAUGUAUGAGCCAGCUGGCAUGUCGACAAGCAGAUUCAAGAAGCACGACGGAACGGAGCAGCUGAUCCGCAUUUAUCGUCUGCAAAACGUCUUCUCGUUUAGAAGCCUACUUGGCUGUCAGCAGCGAGCCGGUAGACCAUUUUUGACAACGCACGGUCAGGUGAACUACAUUGUAAUCAAACUGCUGCAAAGACCUUUUCAUUAUUGGAGUUGUAGAGCUAGAAACUGGUAGAUUAGAUCAGCGCAGCCCGCCUGUGAUUAGCACGAGGCUAAGACUGGAAACUGCUGUUUUAACAUUGCUUACUGCAUUUCAACUUACAAG